GGCCCGCGCCCGCGGUCACGUGAUGUUUGGGUGCCGGCGGGUCAGGGCGCAGCCUCGCGGCGAGGGGCGCGCGGCGGCAGGACUCCUCCAUCAGCUGGUGCAUGGAGUAAAGGAGUGCAGGAGACAGCCGUGCUGUAGGAUUUUAUUCCAACCCUGUUGUGCUAUUAGAAGAAAGUCUUUUGUGACGGGGGGAACAGGGCUCGGAAAUCAGUUGGUAAGAGCAUCUCUGCCAGAGAGUCACCUGCAUGUGGAAAGGUUUGAACUAUAAUAGUGCAUCCAUUGCUAUCUAGAAAAUGUCUUAUGGAUCCAUUGAUGGGAGUGGAUUUGGGAGCAGGAAUCCAUUUGGAGGCCCUUCAAGACAAGGCUAUCAACCUCUUGCCACCCAGAUUGAUCCCAGUGAACUACAGGAACUUUUUCAGGAGACUUCAGCCAAUGUCUUCCGAAUUAACUCCAAUGUGACCUCUCUGGAAAGAAGCCUUCGAUCUCUGGGGACCUCAAAUGAUACUCAGGAGCUGCAGGAUGGACUGCAUGCAACCCAGCAGGAGACUAAUAAAACCAUCACGACUAGCACCAAAGCCAUCAAGCAGCUGUCUGAGGUUGUCAGAGGUUCAUCCAGGCAAGAGCGACUUCAGCUGGACAGGCUGAAGAACCAGUUGUCUGAUGCCAUCCAGAGAUAUGGAGCUGUGCAGAAGAAAAUAGCAGAGAAAUCUAAAGCUUUGCUUCCUACUGGGCAGAGAAGUACCAAACAGCAGAGCCCUAGGACUCCCUUCUCUGACCUACCUGAUGAUGAGAAGAUCUUUAAUGGAGGAGAUGGCAUGGGGCAGAACCAGAGCCAGGAUCAAGCCUUGCUCUCGGAAAUCACAGAAGAGGAUCUGGAGGCCAUCCGUCAACGGGAAGAGGCCAUUCAGCAGAUUGAGAGUGACAUGUUGGAUGUCAACCAGAUCAUUAAAGACCUGGCCUCCAUGGUGCAUGAGCAAGGAGACACAAUAGAUAGUAUUGAAGCCAACAUUGAGACUGCAUCUUCUAAUGUAGAAUCAGCCAAUGAGCAGUUGGCAAAAGCCAGUCAGCACCAACUACGAGCCAGGAAGAUGAAGUGCUGCCUUCUCACUGUCGCAUUGGCCGUUCUGCUGUUCAUUGUCAUAAUCAUCGCGGUCUCAGUCAAGCACUGAUCUGGCUACAGUUUCCACAGAACCUGUGAUCACCCUGUGAAGUGGAAUGGAUUCUCAAGGCUUUUCACAUUCAGGCCCUACGUCAAUGUCUGCUUUACUGAUCACAUUGUAUUAAAACUGCUAUAGUCAACAAACACUAAUUAUAUGAAAGAAGAGCUAAGUUUUAUACUGUGUUAGUAUAAUUGUGAAUAAUUUUUUUUCCCCCUUCAUUGCAGACAGGUUUUGCCUUAUGUUACAGAUUUUAAUUUUGUCUCCUGCGUAUCUGGGGAAUGCUAUUUCUUUGCAUCCAGUUUUUGUAUACAGUUGUCGUAGGAUACGUAGCUGUUAAUUCAUCUUUAUUAUUUGUGGUUUUAACAUGCUCCUGAUCUCUAGUUCUGCUCAUUUAAAACCAUGAAAGCCAACAGUGUUGUGUUUUAUUUCAUUCUUUUUUGUUGUUUUUUUUUUUUUGUACAUUUU